ACUUCAUUUCAUUUUAGGUUGGGCUUAAGGGUGAGUUCCUGAAAAUAUAUACCAUCAAAGAAAAUGACAAGGCAGGAUGGGUUGAUCUAACUCCUGAUGCCACUCCUUCUUCAUUUACUUGGUACAAGACAUUGUUUGAUGCUCCUGAUGGAGCAGACCCAGUUGCUCUCGAUUUGGGAAGCAUGGGAAAGGGCCAGGCUUGGGUCAAUGGCCACCAUAUUGGGAGAUACUGGAAUCUAGUUGCCCCAAAGGAUGGAUGCAUAAAGUGUGAUUAUCGCGGACCCUAUAAUCCAGAUAAGUGUACAACAAACUGCGGGAAGCCUACUCAAACCUUGUACCACGUACCAAGGUCAUGGUUACAGCCAUCAAAUAAUUUACUUGUGCUAUUUGAGGAGACAGGUGGUAAUCCAUUUGACAUCUCAAUAAAGUUACUAGUGUCCCGGGUUAUCUGUGCUUCAGUGUCUGAGUCCCAUAAUCCACCUCUCCAAAGAUGGUCCCAUCGAAAUCUUAUUGAAGAAACAAUCUCAAUAAAUGAUACAACACCAGAAAUUUACUUGCAGUGUACAGAUGGGUAUAUAAUCUCCUCUAUUGAAUUUGCUAGUUAUGGAACUCCUCAAGGCAGCUGCCAGAAGUUUUAUAGAGGGAACUGCCACUCUCCCAAAUCACUGUCUGUGGUAUCCAAGGCUUGUCAAGGAAGAAGUAGUUGUUUUAUUGGUGUUUCAAAUUCAGUAUUUGGAGGUGACCCGUGCCGAGGCAUUGUUAAGACAUUGGCUGUUGAAGCAAGAUGCGUCUCAUCAUCCAUUACCGAAGGAGCCUCCCAGUUUUGAUAUGCUUUGAACUGGACGCGUGUCUCUGUGUAAGUGACAUACCUUUACCUUUGCCCUGAUCCAAGCAGCUCUGUGAGAAUUCCACCCAAUUCUAGCCUAUUGGCGAGUACAACUUCCUGAAUAUGCUUGUUUAAUGACUGUACAUAAUUCAUGUGUAUGUGUACAUUAUGUGAAUCAUUUUAAUAACGACUUACCUACGAUCCCAACAUAAAUGGUUGAAGUUGUUGCGCAGACACUAGUUUAUCACUCAUUGUCUUCGAAAAUAAGCAAAUAAUAAGAUG